GAAAGAAACCUAACCUCAAUACAGUGUUGAUUGUUGGUGUGUUGUGUGUUAAAAAAUAUAAAGUUUUGGAAGAAGUAAAAAUUUCAUCUCUUUUUUCAAAUAGAAAAAACGAAUUAAUAAAAUGAAAGCAAUGGCACAUCAUUACGUGGUAACGGCUCAUAAACCAACAGCUGUCAAUGCUUGCGUUACAGGUAAUUUUACAUCACCCACGGAUUUGAAUUUAAUUCUGGCAAAAAAUAUGCGUCUCGAGAUUUAUCUCGUAACGCCCGAAGGAUUGAGGCCAUUAAAAGAAGUCGGAAUAUAUGGGAAGAUUGCAGUUGUCAAAUUUUUCAGACCGCCGCACGAGAAAAAGGAUCUAUUGUUCCUGCUGACGACGCGAUACAACGCAAUGAUUUUAGAAUGUAUCGGAGAAGGUGAAGACAUUGAAAUAAUCACAAAAGCUCACGGUAAUGUCGCGGAUAGAAUUGGUAAAGCUUCAGAAACCGGUAUUAAAGCAAUAAUCGAUCCAAAAGCCCGGGUAAUUGGUCUGAGACUCUACGAUGGUCUUUUUAAAAUCAUACCAUUAGAUAAAGAUAAUCCGGAAUUAAAAGCAUCAUCAAUAAGAAUGGACGAGCAUCAAGUGCAGGAUAUAAAUUUUCUUCAUGGUUGUGCGAAUCCAACGUUAAUUUUGAUUCAUCAGGAUAUAAAUGGUCGGCAUGUGAAGACACACGAAAUUUCAUUGCGGGACAAGGAAUUCGUGAAAAUACCCUGGAGACAGGAUAAUGUUGAACGUGAGGCAAUGAUGGUAAUUCCCGUUCCAUCGCCAAUUUGCGGGGCUAUUAUCAUUGGACAGGAGAGUAUUCUCUAUCAUGAUGGUUCUACUUACGUGGCCGUUGUCCCUCCGAUUAUAAAGCAGAGCACAAUUACCUGUUAUGCGAAAAUCGAUCAACAGGGUUUGCGUUAUCUUUUGGGCGAUAUGGCCGGACAUUUGUUUAUGUUGUUUCUUGAACAGGAGACAAAGUCCGAUGGUACGAUGAUUGUGAAGGAUUUGAAGGUGGAAUUGUUGGGGGAGGUGAGCAUACCGGAGUGUAUUACGUACUUGGAUAAUGGAGUGAUUUUUAUUGGAAGUCGUCUGGGGGAUUCGCAGCUUAUUAAACUUAUCACGAAGGCUGAUGAGAAUGGUUCGUAUUGCGUACCGAUGGAGUCAUUCACGAAUCUUGCGCCUAUUGUCGAUAUGGCGGUGGUUGAUUUGGAGCGACAGGGACAAGGACAGAUGGUGACGUGCUCCGGGGCUUUUAAAGAAGGGUCUUUGCGAAUUAUCAGAAAUGGGAUUGGAAUACAGGAACACGCGAGUAUCGACCUCCCGGGAAUUAAAGGAAUGUGGGCGCUGAAGGUGAAUGGGGGUAAUUUCGACAACACGUUGGUUCUCUCCUUUGUGGGGCAAACGCGUAUUUUGAUGCUGAAUGGCGAGGAGGUGGAGGAGACCGAUAUUCCCGGUUUUGUCGCCGAUGAACAAACCUUCCACACCGGGAAUAUCACCAACGAGGUUAUUAUACAGAUUACGCCGACUUUGGUGAGAUUGAUAUCUAAUGAGAAUAAACCCGUCAUCUCCGAAUGGCAACCGAAUAACAAGAGGACUAUCAGUGUUGUCGCUUGUAACGGAAGUCAGGUACUUUGCGCCACUGGCAAUGACCUCUUCUACCUCGAAAUCAUUUCGAGCGAAAUUGUGCCGAAGGGCUUCGUGACCCUGCAACACGAAGUCGCGUGUUUGGAUCUCUCCCCGCUGGACGGUAAUUCAGAAGCUCAGAUCGCCGCGAUUGGUCUUUGGACCGACAUUUCGGUGCGGAUCCUAACACUCCCGAGUCUUGAGGAAAUCAACAAGGAACUCUUGGGUGGGGAAAUAAUUCCCAGAUCGAUUCUCAUGACCUGCUUCGAGGGCAGUACGUACCUCCUCUGUGCACUAGGGGACGGAAGUAUGUACUACUUUUCCCUUCACAAGGAAAACGGCAUCCUCACCGAUCGCAAGAAAGUUACACUCGGCACUCAACCGACAGUUCUCCGAACUUUUAAAAGUCUCUCCACAACCAAUGUCUUCGCCUGUUCGGAUCGUCCCACAGUCAUCUAUUCAUCGAAUCACAAACUCGUGUUCAGCAAUGUGAAUCUCAAGGAAGUGAAUCAUAUGUGCUCGUUAAAUGCCGAAUCAUAUCCGGACAGUUUGGCCCUGGCUACGGACAGUACCGUGACAAUUGGAACAAUUGAUGAAAUACAGAAGCUUCAUAUUCGAACUGUUCCAUUGGGCGAGUCGCCGAGGAGAAUUGCGUAUCAGGAGAGUACGCAGACAUUUGGUGUGGUGACAAUGAGGGUGGAUCUGCAGGAGAGCACGGGAAUUAGUGUCGUGAGACCGUCAGCGUCGACACAGGCAACAUCGACAUCGAGCAGUAGUCAUGUCGCGUCGCACAAUAAACCCGGAUACACUUCCAAUGAAAUCGGACAGGAGAUUGAGGUUCAUAAUCUUCUUAUUAUUGAUCAGCAUACUUUUGAGGUACUUCAUGCGCACACACUUAUGCCCACGGAAUAUGCGAUGUCACUUAUUUCGACGAAACUCGGUGAGGAUCCCACAUCUUACUUCAUUGUUGGAACUGCACUUGUUAAUCCCGAUGAGACGGAACCUAAAAUGGGAAGGAUUUUAUUGUAUCAAUGGUGUGAGGGUAAAUUGAAUCAGGUCGCUGAGAAGGAAAUCAAAGGCGCUUGCUAUUCACUUGUUGAAUUUAAUGGCAAACUAUUGGCGAGCAUUAAUAGUACCGUGAGAUUAUUCGAGUGGACAGCCGAGAAGGAAUUGAGACUCGAAUGCAGUCAUUUCAAUAAUAUUAUCGCACUAUUUUUAAAAACAAAAAGCGAUUUUGUCCUCGUUGGCGAUCUCAUGAGAUCUCUCACACUCCUUCAAUAUAAAACAAUGGAGGGUAGCUUCGAAGAAAUUGCUCGUGACUACAAUCCAAAUUGGAUGACUGCCGUUGAAAUUCUCGACGAUGAUACUUUCCUUGGAGCUGAAAAUUGUUUCAAUCUAUUUGUCUGCCAAAAGGACAGUGCCGCCACGUCCGAGGAGGAGAGACAGCAAAUGCAAGAAGUUGGACAAUUUCAUCUUGGAGAUAUGGUGAAUGUUUUUCGACAUGGUUCCCUCGUUAUGCAACAUUUAGGUGAAUCGAGUACACCAACGCAGGGUUGCGUUCUCUUUGGAACAAUAAGCGGUGCCAUUGGCCUCGUCACUCAAAUUCCCGCUGGUUUCUAUGAAUUUCUACGCAAUAUGGAGGAUCGUUUGACGUCUGUCAUUAAAAGCGUCGGUAAAAUUGAGCACAGCUUCUGGCGUAGCUUCAAUACCGAUUUAAAAAUUGAGCAAUGCGAAGGAUUUAUAGACGGUGAUUUAGUGGAAAGCUUCCUUGAUCUCAAUCACGAUAAAAUGUCCGAAGUCGCUCUUGGAUUAAUGAUUGACGACGGCAGUGGAAUGAAAAAAGAAGCGACAGUUGAUGACUUGGUUAAAAUUGUGGAAGACCUGACAAGGAUACACUAAAUAAGCGAAUAAUAAAAAGUGUUUCGUGAUUUGGACAUUUUUUUUUUAUUUCAGUGCAAAACAGAUGCAAUUUUGAUAAUGCAUCAUUCUAAGCUCUUUCAGAAUUUAGAACUCAUUUGUAAAAAAAAAAAAAGAAAAAACGCGGUAUUACAAAUAAAAUUUCAUCGCGAGUUCCAGUUUCAUGAAAGUAGUGAUCGAUUAUUAAUAAUAUAAAAAAUUAUUAUUAUUAUUAAGCGAAAAUAAUUAGCGUAGAAAGUGAAAAGAAAAAUAUUUCUGUAUUUAAUACACCCACGUAAACGGUGUUUAUUUCGUUUUAUUUUUUUUUUGUUUAUAUAGUAUUCUUUUUCUUAGACAGAGAGAGAGAGA